AUGUCACAUAUAGUUAUUGAUUUGGAUGGUGACGACGAUGAUUAUAACCAAAAUGAUAAAGUAGAAACAACUACUACGACAACUUCGACAAGCUCAUCAACAUCAAAUUCAAAUAGGAAUAGAAAUAUAAACACAUAUACAAAUACUCCGGUAACAAGAGGAUCUAGUCAGGCUAAAACUAAGCAUCAGCAACGUUCAGAGCUUCUCGCAAAUAUACACGAAAGAAGAUUGACCAGUUUAAGUAAUGAUCAAUCUACGACUUCUUCUUCUAAAUCAUCACAACCUUCAAACAAACCAACUACUACUACCACAACAACAACAACAACUUCAAAUACAUCAACAAAUACAAAUAUUAAUAAUACAAAUAAAAGAACUAAUGUAAAUAAUGAAAAUAACAUAAAUAACAAAAAUGUAAAUAAAUCAAAUAGUAAUAGUAAUAGUAAUAAAACAAAUGAGACGACUGUUGGUUCUACUACUCCAUCUAUAAGAACUAACGAAGCGUCUAGAGUACCACUAUCAGUAUCGAACGAUCUUAGAAGUCAAUUGAGUAACAUUAGAAAGAGAAAACAUGAAUCAUUUAGAAGUGAACAAUUGUCAACAAAGAGUUUCUAUACGAUUGAUGAUGUAAAUAAGAAAGUAUCCGAUGAGAAAGAGAAUAGAAUGCACUUUGCAUCGUUGGGAUCAUCCGGUGGCAGCGAUAAGCCGAGAUCAUCCGUUCACACUAUCAACAAUACAUUCAAAGAUCCGGAAACCAUUGGAAGAAAAGCAUUGGAACUAUCGAAUCAAUUCCGUCAGAAGAAUAACAAGCCACCAUUGCGAUGGCAUCAAGAUCUUUAUAAAAUAGGUGUUGUACAUUCAAAGAAUAUGGCAGAUGGCAAGGUAGCUUUUGGACAUGAUGGAUUCGAUGAUAGAACAAGGCAAUUCCCUUUCCCACAUAGCAAGGCAGGCGAGAAUGUUGCUAUGAACAAUAUGGAUUCUACGGUGGCAGAGGUUGCUGUAGAAGGAUGGAUCAACUCUAAAGGACAUCGAGAGAAUCUUCUCGGACACUUCAAUACCUGUGCAAUCGGUGUCUAUCAAUCACAUGAUGUAAAUAUAAUAUUUGUCUGGGCUUCAAGUACGUCCUCUUUUGUAAACUUUUAUAAAAAAUUUGUUGAAAGAUCAAAUUAA